GGCAAAUGAUGGCAACCAUGCAGAGUGGAAGGCCAUUUCCAGUUGACUGCAACGACCAGCAGGCAGCAAUGUUUGUGCUAGUUUGGAUAUUGUCGGGUUUGACCCUCUCACAAACAUUGGGUCUUAGCAGUCAACUGGAUGGGCCACAACACGGGGGAUAUGGCACAUUUUCUUUUGUACAGAGCGACCCAGAGUAUACAGUGGGCACAGCUGUUGUCCACUCUGCAGAGUCUGAUGAUGGUGAGUCUGCCACUGCCGAGAGACAUCUUAGGAUGCUGACUGUUAGCCGUGAAAACCUCCCUGUCAAGUGCACGGACCGUGACAUGACUGUGACCCUUCCUGCUGGACCACUCAGUGGAGUCAGAAUUCUGGGCGCCCAUGAGACCCAAAGUGUGUCCGAGGCUCCUAAAUCAUGUGGGUACAGCCUAACCAAGGAGCAAACGAGGAACAUUCUCACUGUUACCUAUCCUGGCUGUCAUGUGACUAUGGAGAAAGGCCAGCAUACUGUCAGGUUGCUGUACAUCACGGUCGAUGGCGACGUGCGUGUAGAUGCAGUUUCCUGUCCCGCUCAGUACCUGAACAUGAGCAGGCCGCAGUCUGACAGCCCAGCGGACGUGCCCAAAAAGAAGUCGUGCCCACAUACUACUGCCUCCCCAAUACCAGGAUCCACCCCGACGCCUGUUGUAAUUCCUGGCGGUUGCAGCAAUGUUCCCCCUGAGCAACAGAUUGAGUGUGGCAGUGGCUUGUCUGCCGCGGACUGCAUUGUGAAAGGCUGCUGUGUGAACCCUUCGACUUCCAGAUGCUACUAUCCUGUCAAUGAGUGCACGUUGGACAGGAACUUCGUUUUUGCCAUCAGACACGAUAUUACCAGUGAACCGAUCAGUACAACUUCCCUCGUAAUUGCUGGAGACCCCAGUUGUAGGCCUGUGCUUGUCAACAGCCAGGUUGCCCUUUUCAAGUUCCCAGUAACUGGGUGUGGAACUAAAGUCUAUAUGAUUGGUGAGACCCUUGUUUAUCUGGCUGAGGUGCAAACAGUUGUGAGGGCUCUCCGAAUGAAGUAUGGAGUCAUCAGCAGAGACAACCCGAUCAGGAUCAUGGUAGAGUGCCGUUACCCCAAGAAUGCCAAUCCAGACCAGGUCAUGGCCAGUGUUGGGAUCCUGGUGAUGAGUCCAAGCCUGCCACCUGUUGUCACCUCUGAGGGACUGUAUGGUGUACAGCUCCGAAUUGCUAAAGACCGCAGCUUCUCCACGUUUCUCCCUCACUACCAUCAGCCACUGCGUACCUUGCUGGGAAAGCCGGUGUAUCUAGAAGUGCGCAUCUUUGCCCCCAGGCCUGCUGCCGUGCUCCUGGUGCACUACUGUGUGGCAUACCCCCGUUCAGCCAGAAAGGCCCUCAUUCUCCUUUAUGAAGGAUGCCCCAACACCUUGGAUGCCAGCACCACCUCCAUUCUUCACAUGGGCGACCUCCCUCAAAAUCGCCACACGCGUCGCUUCAUGGUCAAGACGUUCCAGUUUAUGGAUGUAGCCACCAAUAAGUUCAUGGAUGAGGAGAUUUACUUUAUGUGCUCAGCGGAAGUCUGCUUCCCAUCAAAAACUACCUGCAGAAUGACCUGCUUUGACAACAGGCCUUGACCAGAUACUCCAAUCACCAGCAAUCCUAAAUAAAACCUUUUUAAUCGCAA